AUGUCCUUCAGUAGUUCAUUCAGCAUGAUGGCUGCGGAUGCUGCGGAUGCUCUCUGCUGCAUCCUGCAUCCGCGCCGGCUCUCUCUCCUCUUCCUUACCGUUACCAUCUCCUCUCUGCCGGCCCCGACAGCAGCGCUGCUCGGUGUCCGGCCAGAGGACACCCAGAGCGGGGAUCUGUCCGUGCAGGAUGGGAUACUGAGGGCGAUCGAGGGGACCCGCUUCAUGCUGAGGGUUUACUACUCCGCAUCUCCGGCGGCGGAGCAUCCCAACAGCCUGAACAUCAGCGGCAGAACUGAUGCGGCUCUCGCGGCUCCGUGGAUCGCGUUCGUAGAGGAACCAGGUGAGGACAGCGGGGAACGCGGGGACACGGAGAGGCGACUCCGGAGUACGGGGAGUCCGUGUGAAGAGGAGAAUGCCCGCAGCUCAGACAUCGAGCUGCUGGGCUCCUUCAGAUCCACCUCAAGUCACAACUCAGUUUUGGUGGAGCUGCUCGCUAAAGACCUGCGCAGAGGGGAGAUGAUCAAAUACUACUCCAUGUGCGCGUUUGAUGGAGUGAAAUGGGAGCAUUUCAGCACCAAAGACUUCUGGCUGGCGGUGGUGGAGAGACCCCCAGAGGCAGAUGUUUGGCUGCAGGCGGGAGUCUCGGUGCUGUUGUUGGGGCUGUCUGCGCUCUGCAGCGGUCUGAACAUCAGCAUGCUGGCCCUGGACCCCGUGGAGCUGCGGGUCCUGCAGAACAGUGGCACUGAGAAGGAGCAGAAAUACGCACGGAAAAUAGAGUCAGUGCGUAAACAUGGAAACUACAUCCUCUGCACUGUGGUGCUGGGCAACGUGCUCACAAAUACAUGCUUCGUGGUAUGGAUGUGCCAGAUUUUAGGAAUGACUGCUCUCUCCACUGCCUCGUGUACUUUGGGGAUAUUCUUCAUUGGCGAGAUUUUACCUCACUCUGUGGCCUCCAGGCACAGUCUCGCCAUCGCCUCCAAGACCCUCUGUGCGACCCGCCUGCUGAUGCUGGUGUUCUUCCCCAUUGCCUACCCAGUCUCCAAGAUCCUGGACAUCCUGCUGCACCAGGAGAUCAGCAGCUUUUACACCAGGGAGAAGUUGGUGGCCAUGCUGCGCGUCACAGAUCCAUACCACGACCUGGUCAAAGAGGAGCUCAACAUCAUCCAGGGAGCCCUGGAGCUGAGGACCAAGACCGUAGAGGACGUGCUGACCCCGCUGUCAGAUUGCUACAUGUUGUCCUCAGACGCCACCUUGGACUUUUGCACCAUGUCCGACGUGAUGCAGAGCGGUUUCACCAGGAUCCCGGUCUACGAGAACGAGAGGUCCAACAUUGUGGACAUCCUCUUUGUCAAAGACCUGGCCUUCGUGGAUCCUGACGAUUGCACUCCUCUGAAAACAAUCACUCAGUUUUACAAGCAUCCCAUGCACUGCGUGUUCAAUGACACCAAGCUGGAUGUGAUGCUGGAGGAAUUUAAGAGAGGUAAAUCCCACCUGGCUGUGGUGCAGAGGGUGAACAGCGAAGGUGAGGGAGACCCCUUCUACGAGGUGAUGGGCAUCGUCACCCUGGAGGACGUCAUUGAAGAGAUCAUCAAGUCUGAGAUUGUGGAUGAGACGGACCUGUAUACUGAUAAUCGGAACAAAAGGCGAGUGUCCAACCACGAGAGGAAACAGCAGGAUUUCUCAAUCUUCAAACUGGCAGAAAAUGAGCUGAAGGUGAAGAUCUCACCCCAGCUACUGCUCGCAACACACCGCUUCUUGGCAACAGAGGUGGAGCCUUUUAGGCUUUGUCAUCUGUCAGAGAAGAUCUUGCUGCGACUCAUCAAACAUCCCAGCGUUGUGCAGGAACUCAAGUUUAACCCCAAGAACAAACACGCUCCUCAACACUACCUCUUCCAGAGAAACAAACCUGUGGACUACUUUGUUCUCAUUCUGCAGGGACGAGUGGAGGUGGAGAUAGGGAAGGAGGCUCUCCGCUUUGAAAAUGGAGCGUUUUCCUAUUACGGCAUGCCGGCACUCAUCUCGCCCCUGCCUAUCGGUCCGAGGUACAGUUCCCGGGGCAGCGGUCUGAACCAAUCAGAUUCAUUACUGAGUGGAGGCAGCGUGGGUCAGCUCACUACAGGAGGGGGGGUCUACCUACCAGACUACUCAGUCCGACAGCUCACAGACCUGCAGAUCAUCAAGAUCACCAGGAACCACUACCAGAAUGCCCUAACAGCCAACAGGAUGGACAGCUCCCCUCAGACGCCAGACCCGUUGGAUCCUGAUGCUAAAGGGAGGCCUGUGGUCCCGGAGGCCCGCUCACACAGCAUCGCUCUGCCCCUCACACACACACACACUCGACUGGGGCUGGCACGCCUUGCACAUCUCCAUCCCCACGGUGGCCUUCGCAACACCUCCCAGCUCAAUGAAAGAAACCGUAUCGUCCGCAGUAAAUCUGACGGCCAGAGGAGUCCAAAUGAUACCGUGUUCCUCCGCAUGGAUGAGAUUCCCUACAUCCAUGAGGACCGGCCAGAAAUUUAUGGAGAGAAUGACGUGCCUACAGAGUCUCAGCCCUCCACCUCUCCCUUCAUCAGCUCUCUGUCUCUGUCCAGCUCGGAGGAGAACAUCGGGAAGAAGCUGUUGCGUAAACUAAGUAACAAGAGGAGGAAAAAGUCUCGGGAUGGAGAGAAGAGUUUGGAGGAAGGUUCAGAGCAACCGCCAGUGACGAGCUAGCACAAUGACACUGAGGAAGAAGGAUGAAGCUUCUUCCUUUUUAUCACUCACUGGUUUUCCUUACUAAACAAUCACCCCCUCAUAGACUCCUUCCACCCUCCGACACAACUCUCACAGGAGACUGAGCCAUCUAAUGUGAUGUAGCCACCAGUAACACUCAGGUCCCCCCUGGUACACUCUGUCCCACCUUGCCUGACUUCACACCUGUUCAUUAAAAUCGGGACAGAUCUGAAAAAACUUGAUUGGACAAAUCUAAACAACACAGUAUUGGAUUUAUCCAGCCUUACACUGGACUCUGGAGGUUUUCGUCACAGUUUUCAUCAUUUAAACCAUCUGGACUCUAAAAUAUCUCUUAAUAUGGAGCCCAACUUAAAACAAUAUCUGAGCCAGUUUGACCUUUUACUUGAUCCAACAAUUAAUACAGUUUUUAUAAUUUAUUUAUUACGAGGCAGUUCCCACAUACUGAAAAUGUUGUUUGCACAGGGAACUGUCCCAAUGUUGCCAUAAAGGUGCCGCCUACUGCCAACAGUACCAGACACACUAGCCUUCGUCGGCUAAGAACAAAAAGCCACAACACAAAGCACAAUUUUUACGCCAGAUUCAGAGAACACAAUUAUGAAAAAGCCAUAAAUUAAUUCUCAACUUGAAGGACUACUUAUUAUAUACACUGACCUCUCAGAAGGUUUAAAGGGGAAAUGCGCAAUUUUCAAAAUACCUGUGCUUGAAAUAACACAAUUUCUUACCUGAUUUUUAUAUGAAAGUGUCAGAAUUACCAAAAGUAAUUUGAAGAUAGCAAUAUAAGUCAUCUUACAUACUGUAAAUGGCUACAACAUACAUUCAGUGAAUACAUAAUUUCUACAUAAAUGCAUGUGUCCUACAUAGUCUGUCCGAUCUGUCCAAACAUCCUUCUCACUGCAUUAUGUAGCUAUAUGGACACAAUUUUAGUGUCUGCUUAUCCACAUUUUCUCUUGAUGUUACCAGCUUUUAAAAAAGCAUUAGCCUGUUGCAUUUAGUAGUGGCAAUCAACUUCAUACCAUUAGCGACCAUAUUAGCCACUUUUUUUAUGUAUAGUUCAUCUCACUAAAGCUGCAUACACCAAUUAAAAAUAAGCUAGGGGUUUGGGGGUUUUGAAUCUUUGGGUCUAUGGAUAUUCUCGAGGAAGAGUAGUUGCUACCUGCAUGUUUGUUAAUGCUGCUUUUACUGUAGAAUCAUCCCCUGUAGACAGCCCUGUUCCUCCAUAUGCAUGCUAAAGUAAAUGGAUGCAUGAAUAGGAUGAUCUGCAGUAACAGUGACUUACUGAUAUCUUAAGCGACUGUAGAUUUUAAAAUGAAACUGAAGUUUUAAAUGCUAAAGUUGAGAAAAAGAACUAGGUGCAAUAAAUACUAUAACACAGCAUUAAAGGCAUACUAUGCAGGAAAAGUCACUUACUGUUUGUAAACAUAACAUUUAAACUUGACCCCUCCUUCUCGGCUCAAUGAAAAUUAAAGCAAAACCCAGAUUUAAUUUGUCCGA